UAACCAUAAUAUCUCAUCUCACUCAUUCCAAUGGCUCCGUCAGAAAUUGUGGUCAAACGCUCUGGAUUUCCCAAGGAUUUUAUUUUCGGUGCUGCAACAUCGGAAUAUCAGGUCAAAGGAGCUCGGAAUGCAGAUGGUAAAGGCAAUAUGGCAGAUAGCAGUGCGGACGGAAAAAAUGGGAGUGUCGCUCUCGAUCAAUAUCAUAUGUUCAAGGAAGAUGCGUGUUUGAUGAAGAAAGUUGGUUUGAAUUCUUUUAACUUUUCGAUUUCGUGGUCCAGAAUCUUACCAGGAGGCAAAUUAAGUGGUGGCAUAAGCAAAGAAGGAAUCAAAUACUAUAACGAUCUCAUAGAUGCACUUUCGGCACAAGGCAUUGAGCCUUGGGCAACUCUCUUCCACUGGGAUGUUCCCCAGGAUUUGGAAAAAGAAUAUCAUGGCUUCUUAGAUCGUCAAAUUGUGGACCAUUUUCGUGAUUUUGCUGAGAUUUGCUUUUGGGAAUUUGGUGAUCGAGUGAAACGUUGGAUCACACUGAAUGAGCCAUGGACCUUUUGUUAUUAUGGAUAUGUGAUGGGCAAUUUUUCCCCUCGAAAUGAAACUUCUACGGAGCAACAGACAAAAUCGAUGGAACAACUGAUGCGUUCCUCGAUCCUUCAUUACACAUGUGCAAUGACUAUUCCUCAAUUUACUCCUCCAAAAAAAGAUCAGGCCGGAAAAACUGAUUCCUCUGAAGGAGAUCCAAUCGGAGACCUAGAUGCCAUGGCACAAAAGUUGCUUCACCAUACUUCCUCAAAUGGAAAUCCGGGAACUAAUCCAUAUACUGUGGCACACAAUUUGAUCCUUGCUCAUGCACAUGCGGCUAAUAUAUACAGGAAAUAUUAUCAGGAACACCAACGAGGCAAAAUAGGGAUGGCAAAUGUUUCAACGUGGUUUUAUCCACUUAGGGACAACUCCCAGGAUGAUAAAGAUGCUGCUUCGAGGGCACUUGAUUUUAUGUUAGGAUGGUUUGUAGCCCCUGUAAUAUUUGGUAAUUAUCCACCAUCCAUGAAAAAUCAUAUCAGAGGAGGACGUCUUUCCAGAUUUAAUCCAGACGAGGUGGUGCUAGUGAAAGGAUCCUGUGACUUCUUAGGCAUAAAUUAUUACACGUCUUAUUAUGUCAAAAAUAUAAGUGGAAAUAUUUCACAACACCAUUAUGACAAUGAUCUGCAUGUUGAAUAUCACACUCAACAAAAUGAGAAUCCUCAGCGGGUUGGUUGGCCAUCGCUGUACAUAGUUCCAGAGGGAAUUUACCAUCUCAUGCUUCAGAUGAAAAGAAGCUAUCAUAAUAAUUAUAAUAACUUUAAAAAUCCCGAGAUUAUCAUUACAGCAAACGGGUUGGAUGAAGUCAACAAUAAAGACCUAGAUAUUUCAAAGGCUCACAUUGAUGAAACUAGGAUUGAGUAUCACAGGGACCAUCUCGAAUGCCUUAAACGGGCAAUAGAUCAUGGUGUAUGUGUGAAGGGUUACUUCAUACGGUCAUUGCUUGAUAAUUUUGAAUGGGCCCAAAGGUACAAUGUUAGGUCUGGCAUUUUUUAUGUAUCCGAUCCAAAUGGAUGUUUGACUAAAUUCCCUAAAAGAUCAGCUAUGUGGUGGAGGAAUUUCUUGAAAAAGCCUGAGUAGGUACAUGAUGUCAAAACUUAAGAAGAAUGACAUGGUACUGUGAAAAAGGUCAAGAUGUGACAGUAUAAAAACUUUAAUUUAUUAGGAAAAGUUGUGUUGAAUAAUGCAAGCAUGGAUGCAUGCUUGACAUCCCUUCAGUUUCAUCAUUAAUUCUCUUGUUGGAUGACACAUAAAGAAAUGUUAUAAUUUGCAGUUGUGUUGUUGAAAUAAUUGGAACCCUUUGAGGCUCCAAGUGUAAUUCUCAUGUUCUCAUUUGUGCAAUAAAAGAUUUGAGGCCAACUGGCUUCGGUUCUAGUUAA